GCUGCGGGAGUCCAAAGGGAGGCAGGCCCCGCCCCCGGAACCAGGGCAGUCGCCGGCCUUAAAGCGGCGAUACCGCUGUGGACGCUAGGGACUACGCUUAAAAGGGCAGUGCGGCCUUCCCACGGUUUCCAGACAAACCAGAGGCAAACUCACUAGAGUAGCCAGCAGGACUCACGGGACUCAAGCACCGAGAAUCUCACCCUCAUGGCGACAAGGGGUUCAGGGGAGAAACGAAUCCGUGAGGGAAAAACCGAAGAAGGGAUUCUCAUUUCUCUCCCUCCUUUCUCCUCUCCUCCUCCCCCUCCCACUCUCACUACCCUGGUCGUUAGAAUAGGGCGUUGGGAGCCGCCUUGACCCCCGCAUGCCUAUCGACUGCAUCGUUUCUGCAUUCCUUCCCCCGGCCGCAGAGGGCGCUGGGAGCCGCCUGGGGCUUGCGCGGCUAUUGGCUGCAUCUUUUCUGCUCUCUCUACCCCGGCCGCAGGGGGCGCUGGGAGCCGGCUCGAGGCCGCACGCUGAUUGGCUCCUCCGGAAACGCUAGUAAUUCGCCUCUAGGGCGAGGGCGUGGUCGGCUCUGCGGUUCAGAGGUUGGCGUUGAGAACUUUUUUGUGUCCAAGCUGUGCUGGAGAUAACUCCCAGAUUUAUUUUUCAUUUUUUUAAUUUUUUUUAAAAAAUAGUGGUCUCUUCAGAUUAAGGAACUCACCAUUUGACUAGAAUUAAAGUCGGAAUUUCCCAACUCUUUUGCUGUGGGGACCGAGGACCCUGAAGUGUCUGGAUGCUCAAGGAAGAUUCUUUGAAGACUGCUUCUGGAAUAAAAAAGCAUGGAUCCCAGCAGUGACUACCAUUUCCUCAACCAGAUUUUGUGGAGAAGGGUGAAGCUCACCCUGGUGUCUGGCGUCUUUGAGGGCGUGCUCCAGCAUGUAGAUCUGAACAAGAUUGUUGUCCUGAAAAACGUGAAGAAUGUAGAGUCAGGCCGGAGCAUCCCAGGAGUGAAAAUGUUUUUCGGGCAUGAGAUUUUGAAUGUGGAACUAAUGGAUGAAGCAGAAGGUGCAUCAGGAGAAAAGGCGUACUCUGUUAGCGUAAAUACAGAAAGAGCUGGAAUGGAGAAAGUGGAGAAAGUGAAAAACGAAGACUUAAGUGUCUGUGAGCCUGCUUCACGUCCUCCAGAGGUGCCAACCAGCUCUCUCCUCAGUGACCUCAAGUACUGCCCGUCAGAGGAAGAGGAGGUGACAUAUACAGUCAUCGAUCAGUUCCAGCAGAAGUUUGGGGCAGCGAUGCUCCACAUCAAGAAGCAGAGUGUCCUAAGUGUUGCUGCCGAAGGAGCUAAUGUAUGUCGCCAUGGGAAACUCUGUUGGCUUCAGGUGGCCACAAACAGCCGAGUUUACUUGUUUGAUAUUUUCCUUCUGGGAAGUCGUGCUUUCAACAAUGGACUUAAAAUGAUCUUAGAAGACAAGAGAAUCUUAAAGGUUAUCCACGAUUGUCGCUGGCUCUCUGAUUGCCUGUCUCAUCAGUAUGGAAUCAUGUUGAACAAUGUCUUUGAUACACAGGUAGCUGAUGUCCUUCAGUUCUCUAUGGAGACGGGUGGCUUUCUUCCAAAUUGUAUCAGUACUUUGCAGGAGAGUUUAAUCAGACACCUUAAAGUUGCUCCCAAAUACCUUUUCUUUUUAGAAGAGAGACAGAAACGUAUUCAGGAAAAUCCAGAAAUAUGGUUGACAAGACCUCUUCCACCUUCUAUAUUGAAGAUCUUGGCCCUGGAAACAACCUACCUGCUUCCACUUCGAUUGGUGCUCCUGGAUGAGGUGAUGUCAGACUUAACCACACUGGUAGAUGGAUACCUGAACACCUACCGAGAAGGUUCUGCAGACCGACUUGCAGGCACAGAGCCUGCAUGUAUGGAGCUGCCAGCAGAGCUUCUUCAACUCCAGGACUUCCAGAAACAGCGCAGAGAGAGAGCUGCAAAGGAGUACAGAGUGAAUGCACAGGGCCUCCUCAUAAGGACGCUGCUGCACCCAAAGGAGCCAGUGGCUUGCACAGCAGAGAAAGAGGAGCGAGUCCAGGGUUUCUUAUUUUGUAAGACAUCUGGUGUAGACCGAAUUCCACCCUCUGUAUGUCCUGAAUCUCAUAAGGAUAAGAAUUUUUUGGUUAAAGAAUCUAAACAAACCACAGCAAAGUCUCAAACUGUGCCUCCCAGGAAGGAGGACGAAGCCCAUGAAGACUCUGAGAACAAACCAGAGUGCUGGGAGUCAGCGGGGCCAGAAGACCCUAGAGCCCAGAAAGCCCACUCCCUGCCUCCCACUGGGGCAUCACAGUCACAUUUUUCUUUGAAAGAGGAGAUAGAGCAGUUGCUGGUCGUGGGAAAUAAGGGCACUUUAACAAGCCCAAGUGAAGACACUUUGGGCUUUGGGUCACCUUCUUUUCCUGAGGAAACCUGGGAGGUACCAAGUGACACCCUCCAUCUUCCUGAAGAAGUUGUGGUUUCUACACUUCCACCCUGUCCAGCCCUGGAGAAGACAGAUUCAUGGAUAAGUCCAUCUUUAAAUCUGUUUUAGGAUUUAAGGUUUGUCCCUGAGGCCGACAGAGUCCCUGUGAGUUUCUCAUGGGGUAGGUUGGUUAGGUCUCAGCCACGGGCUUCUGGGAAAAUGGUGGCCUUAGGCUUAGUGCUGAAUCCUGCUGUCUGGAUUGGGAGGGACCCAAGAAGAGCAGUAAUGGGUGAGGUCAAACUUGCCAUUCCAUCAGUGUAUGAGGAAAUAGUCCUAGUAGUUGAUGCGUACUUCUCAUCUUUAGGUUUAAAGGAUUUGAAAAAGAAAAGCUCAGGCUCAGUGUCUGGAAGGAUCUGGUUUAGUUAGGAAUGUUGUGGGGCUGCUCCUGUGGGUGGCAGAGAGCUGGGACAGCUGCAUAGACCACCAGUUCAGUCUGUAACAUCACCAAAACCCAAAAAGUGUGUGUUUGAAUUUGUUUGGGUUUGUUUUGUUUUGCCUUAGAUUGACGUAGAUCUAAAAACCCCUUACUUAGCCGGGCAGUGGUGGCACAUGCCUUUAAUCCCAGCACUUGGGAGGCAGAGGCAGGUGGAUUUCUGAGUUCAAGGCCAGCC